CCGGUCAGUUUCAAAGUGAAUCUCCUUCCCUCUGGGUAACUCUUCAUCCUGGGAGGGAGACAGAGAUGGGAGGAGGGGAAACUGUUCACUUGUAGCAACUGGAGUGAAUCCAGGGAGGGAGCAGACUCCGCAAACUCAGAGUAUUUGAAAAUCUGAAGACUGAAGUUUCAAAAUCAACAGAUGAAGGACUUAUGCCCGAAACAUUGACUCUCCUGCUCCUCGGAAGCUGCCUGACCUGCUGUGCUUUUCCAGCGCCACAUUUUUUGACUGACUCUCCAGCGUCUGUAGUCCUCACUUUGAUGUCAAUGUCUGACAGUCACUCAAUCCAUCGGGACAGCAACGAUUUUUGAUUGUGAUUUCUGUGAGAGGGAUCAACGCUUUUCGGUUCAUGUUUGAAGACGUUUUCAGCAUCAGGUGGGACUGGACGAGAGACCCCACUGUUGAAGCACACUGUGUGUGGAGCCUGAAACAGUUAUACGGCCUGGGAAGGUGAUUUCACAGCAGGGAGGGGCUCUACACGUGUUUGUGAGCAGCUGAAGCUGUGGCCAUGGAGAAACCUGAGGAAUCCCACCCUGUGGAGAAACCGUGGAAGUGUGGUGACUGUGGGAAAGGCUUCCGUGUACCGUCUACCCUGGAGACUCAUUGGCGCAGUCACACCGGGGAGAGGCCAUUCCCCUGCACUGACUGUGGGAAGGCCUUUACCGACGUCUUCACCCUGCGGAGCCACCAGCGGAUCCACACCGGGGAAAGACCCUUCAGCUGCUCUGUGUGUGGGAAGGCCUUCAGCUAUUCCUUCCACCUGCGGAGCCACCGGCGCGUCCACACGGGGGAGAGGCCCUUUAGCUGCCCCGAAUGUGGGAAGGCCUUUACCCAUGUCUGCGCCUUGCGGAGCCACCUGCGUAUCCACACCGGGGAGAGGCCCUUUAGCUGCCCCGGGUGCGGGAAGGCCUUUACACAUGUCUCCUCCCUGCGGAAGCACCAGCAGAUCCACACGGGGGAGAGGCCCUUUACCUGCUCUCAGUGUGGGAAGGCCUUCAGCAUAUCUUCCUCCCUGCUGAGGCACCAGCGGAUCCACACCGGGGAGAGGCCGUUCAUUUGCUCUCAGUGCGGGAAGGGUUUCACCCGCUCCUCCCACCUGCGGAGACACCAGCGAGUUCAUACGGGGCAAAAACCGUGGAAGUGUGGGGAUUGCGGGAAAGGAUUCCGCUAUCCCUCCAUGCUGGAGAUCCACCACCGUGUCCACACCGGGGAGCGGCCCUUCACCUGCUCCGUCUGCGGCAAGGGCUUCACCCAGUCGCCCCACCUGCUGUCCCACCAGCGGGUCCACACCGGGGAGCGGCCGUUCGCUUGCUCCGAGUGCGGGAAGGACUUCAGCGAAUCGUCCAGCCUGCUCAAGCACCAGCGGGUCCAUACCGGGGAGCGGCCCUUCACCUGCUUGGUGUGCAGCAAGGGCUUCCCUCACUCGUCCAGCCUGCUCAAGCACCAGCAGGUCCACACCGGGGAGCGGCCCUUCACCUGCACCGUCUGCGGCAAGGGCUUCACCCGCUCGUCGCACCUGCUGACCCACCAGCGGGUCCACACCGGGGAGAGGCCGUUCAGCUGCUCCGUCUGUGGCAAGAGCUUCUCUCACUCGUCCAGCCUGCUGCGGCACCAGCAGGUCCACACCGCGGAGCGGUCCUUCAUCUGCUCCGUCUGCGGCAAGGGCUUCUCUCACUCGUCCAGCCUGCUGCGGCACCAGCAGGUGCACACCGGCGAGGGUGCCUUCACCUGCUCCAUCUGUGGCAAGGGCUUCCCCCACUCGUCCGGCCUCCAGAUCCACCAGCGGGUCCACACGGGGGAACAUCCUUCCGAUAGACCAGAAGUGCACAUAAUACAGAGGAACUUCGAUUAUCCAGAAUUAGAUGAACCAGCACGGUGGCUCAGUGGUUAGCGCUGCUACCUCACAGUACCAGGGACCCGGGUUUCAUUCCUCCUCAGGCGACAGACUGUGUGGAGUUUGCACAUUCUCCCCGCGUCUGCGUGGGUUUCCUCCUAGUGCUCCGGUUCCGUCCCACAGUCCAAAGAUGUGCAGGUCAGGGUGAAUUGGCCAUGCUAAAUUGCCUGUAGUGUUAGUUACAUUAGUCAGAG